AUGAGCGCCUCAGGUCUCAACAUCGUCCACAACUCUCAUCCUCUCGUCGACAUGGAAUCGAAUGACCCCCUUGGGCCGUUGGGCCCAAGUUCUCGCUUGGCCCUUCGACGCGCAACACUGGCGGAUGACCCAUCUGCUCGAAGAGGAUCUGCUCGCGCUCGAUUGGCUCGACCAGAGACGUCUGACUCGACACGGAGUAACGGGUCUGGCCCAAGUGCACUGGAUACGACCAAGGAGGAUGAGGCGAUGUUGAAGUGGAGGAAAUGGAUCGUUGAGCAGUCGAAUCAAGAAUCUACACCCAAGAAGAAGCCUAUCCCACUCGUGUCUCUCAAGCACGGUUCCUCUUCUGAAUAUACUCCGUCACUCUCCCCGCUUCCUACUCCCGACGUCGACUUCUACACCACUGAAUCAGUCAGAGCCUUACGUGACGUGGAGCUUGCUGUCGACCACAGCAAAGUUCGGCCUCUAGCCUCUGCAAAUCCCUUCUCAGAUAUUACUUCCCGUCUUGGAUCACGCAGGAUACGUCCGCUCGUCCUGGAGCUAGUACAAGCGCUGGGACAUUAUGUCGACGCGCUGUGGUUCGUCCUAUAUCCGGAUAGACCAUGUCCUUGGAUACAAACCUCCAGAACGAUUCAAGCUGUCCAGGAAGGGAAGAAACUGGGCUAUGUGAAUGUUCCAACGGGUGAUGAUGUCGUCUUUUGGGGGAACGAGGUAGAGCACGCUAUUCGCGAGGUGGACGAAGCAGUUGGCAUCUACAAGGGAGUCGGGUGGGCAUUCAGAAGCGCAAUGGAAGAAGGUGGUUAUGGCAAUGUCACGGUCGGAGAUCCGAAUAGUGAUGUGAUGAGGCUACUAAAGGAUCUGGAAGAUACUUUAUGGGGUGAAGCUCUACCCCGGCCGACAGACUUAUCCUACGAGAUACCGUACGAUUUUGAUCCGUAUGCCUCCUACGCGGUGCCUCCUGCAGUUGUCAUGGUCGCCGCCCCGAGCAGGGGGUAUCAUGUGAUUGAUCUAGGCGAGUUUGCCGGUGGAGACGAAGAGGUGUCAUUGGCAGAAAUCGGCAGGAGGAGACACGCCGCGUGGUUGAAGGCAAAGGCGGAGAGGGCCAGAGUGAUUGAGCCGAGUGCUACAGAUGUGUAG